AUGCAUGCGUACCCCUUACAUCAUUUUCUAACGGAUGACACAGGAUGGCAUGCCUCUUACGCAGACAUUGUAAGGAAACAUCUCUUUCCCACCGAUCAUGUAUUCGGUGGUGACACAUCAUCUCUCCACUCCACCCGAUGCCUAGUUCAGUGGCUCGACGAUUGUACACAAAAUCAUCCGGACUGCCGCAGAGACGCCUAUAGGAAGCCCACAGCUCACAAAGGCGCUUCUGUCGAAUACAAUCUUCCAAAACGCAUACUUGAGAUAUAUGGCUCUCGCGUGGUUCUGAGAGAACGUCUAGCAUCGAAAGAUUCAUACAUAUGCUUGAGCCAUUGCUGGGGAUCCAAAGGCGUGACCUUCAGAUUGGAAUCCUCGACAAUUCAGAUGCUAAAGGCAAGUGUCUCGAUAUCCGCGUUGCCUAAGACUUUCCGGGACGCAGUUUUGGUAUGUCUUCGACUUGGAUUCAGGUUCCUGUGGAUCGAUGCCUUGUGCAUUGUUCAGGAUAGCGUUGAAGAUUGGGAAGAGGCCGUCGCUACCAUGGCUGGAAUCUACGAGGACGCCUUCCUAACAAUUGCGGCAACGGCGUCCAAAGACAGCUGCGGGGGACUCUUCUCCGAUCAGGGCAGUCCAUAUCUGCCCCGAAGAUUGAAGACGUCUAUUCUGCACGUUGUUCAGCGCCAGAAUUACGGGCCGAGGAAGGAAUCUACCCAAAAUGCGGGCAUAUUCGGUGAUUGUCCGCUGUUAGAACGAGCCUGGGUCUUCCAAGAGCGUCACUUGUCUUCUCGAGUGGUGCACUUUGCUGAACACCAACUCAUAUGGGAAUGUCGCUCAAUGCGGAAGUCGGAGUGCCAACGUUUAGACUUGGACUGGACCAACAGAGACCCUUUGCAUACUGACAUUCCAUCAAGAAUCCCUUUCAAGAUGCCCAUAAAAGAUACCGCGCGAAGCUGGCAAGCGACUGUGCAGGCAUACUCGGAACUCGAACUGACAUACGCCAAAGACCGACUGCCGGCAUUGUCAGCGAUCGUUGCGCGGAGAAUGCGAUCUCGCCCAAACGAUGAAUAUGUCGCAGGAAUGUGGAAGGACACAUUGAUGCAAGACCUAAAUUGGCACUCAUUAAAUGAAGGGUUCUUCCCAGGUCUUAGGUCCGGUCUUCCGGUGCCAACAUGGUCUUGGGUCCACGUACGAGGCGCCAUAACCUUUGAACCUCUGACCUUUAUUUCAGCGACAUGUUUAGGCAUUACGUACCGCCGUGUGAGCCACCCGCAGAUAGGCAACGUGGCUAAUGCCAGCAUCAGGGUUCGGGGUCGCAGCGUCAAUGCAUAUUUGAGGAGAUCUGCCAGACAAUCACGCCAUGUGUUCAAAAUUGACAUCGACUCACGAGCUUGCGGAUACUCAAAUUUAUGUGAUUUCUGGUUCCAAUCGGACUACGUCACGUCCGACGGCCCUCGCAGCUGGAGUAGCAUAGAAGCAGGGACAACCCAAUGUUCCAUCUUGUUCCUUGGCCACACCCGCAACUACCACGGCAGUCAUUGGCAAGGGCUCGUCUUCUGUGAACGCUCUCCUGGAGAGUACGAACGGAUCGGAAUGGUUCGCGCGUACUGUUACGCUCAAGGAUGGGUUGACACCGACACAGGACCUCCUAUCAACAUAUCUUCUUGCCAGCGCACCGCAAGAACACUUCGCCGGGCGCAACUGAAAAAGGUUCUUGGCCUUCGUUUUGUGCAUCAAUUUGUUUUCUCGCUGCCCUUACGGACGUUCGCGGUUUUUUGA